CAAAAUAGGUUAGAGAGAAAUUUUGUCAUCGGUAUAUAUUUUUCCUUUCUGUUGCUUGGCAGUGUGAACAAAAAGUAAUUUUCCUCCUCCCUUCGAAAGACUAAAAAGAGAGGCAGCUCUCAACUCUGAAACCAAAGCAGCAAAGACUAUUUCUGUUUGGUAUAUUUGGUGAUUUCAAAGAAAGAGAUGGAUAAGAUUCAGCACAAGACUAUCUUCGUCAACGGCAUCAAUAUGCACGUCGCCGAGUCCGGCGAAGGUCCGGCGGUGCUCUUCCUCCACGGCUUCCCUGAGCUCUGGUACACGUGGCGCCACCAGAUGCUCUUCCUCUCCUCCCGCGGUUACCGAGCCAUCGCCCCCGACCUCCGUGGCUACGGCGACACCGACGCGCCACCUUCAGCCGCCAGCUACACCGCCUUCCACAUCGUCGGAGAUCUGGUAGCCCUCCUCGAUGCCCUGGGCCUGGACCAGAUCUUCCUGGUGGGCCACGAUUGGGGCGCAGUUAUGGCUUGGUACUUGUGCUUGCUCCGACCCGACCGGGUAAAGGCUUUGGUCAACAUGAGCGUCGUCUACAGUCCACGGAACCCUAGAAGAAAACCCCUGGAGUCCCUGCGAGCUGCUUUUGGUGAUGACUACUAUAUGUGCAGAUUUCAGGUCCCUGGAGAGGCAGAAGAGGAGUUUGCUCGUGUUGACACUACAAGACUAAUGAAGAAAUUUCUGACAUCUCGCAAACCAGGUCCACUUUGUGUACCUAAACAUGUUGGGUUUGGUGGUUCACCCAAUUCUCCAAUUGUGUUGCCCUCUUGGCUCACAGAGGAAGACGUCAAUUAUUAUGCCACCAAAUUUAAUCAGAAAGGUUUCACUGGUGGUCUGAAUUACUAUCGAGCUUUGGACCUAAAUUGGGAGCUAACUGCACCGUGGACUGGGUCACAAAUAAAGGUGCCAGUCAAAUUCAUCGUGGGCGAUGAGGAUCUGACCUAUACUACCCCAGGUGUGAAGGAAUUUAUACAUGGUGGCGGUUUCAAAAGAGUUGUUCCAUUUUUACAGGAAUUAGUCAUAAUGGAAGGAGUAGCUCACUUUCUUAACGAAGAAAAGCCCGAGGAAAUCAAUGCACACAUUUAUGAUUUUAUCCAGAGGUUUUAAUCCAAGUUUGUUUUCUUUUCUCUCCAUACCACAUUGUUGUUAGCUUGCUUAGAUUUCAUGUUUUGUGUGGGGAAUAUGAUAUUUUCUUGUAAAAGAAUAAGGGAUUUUGUACAAUUUAAUCCAUUAUUGUUAGGAGAAAUUGGAGGCAUAUAUGGUUCUGAAUUACUAAUGCAGUGAAACUGUUGGAUGCUAAUUUAUUUUUGGAGAAGAUGUUAUGUUAUUCUGAGAUCA